UGUGGAAGAGAGAAAAAGAAUUAAGUAGUAAUAAUAAUGUCUAAUCCUUUGUAAUUAGACAAAAAUAUUGCUAUAAUUACAAACCAACCAUUUAAAUUAAAGAGCCUUUUUGUUCACCAAAUUGGCGCACGGAGACGGAGCACACCGAAGAAGACAGGGAAAAAGGAUCUCAUCAUUCUCAUUCAUUCAUACUCUUCGUCUUCAAGAAUUUGUUCCCUCUCGAUUCUCUCUCUUUUCAAUUUCUUUCCCCUUUUUGAUUUCUUUUCAACCAUGCCCCAGGGCGAUUUACAGGCUUUUUUUAGCGGCUCUGUUGCUGACGACCGGAAACCCGACGGCGACGGAGAGCGGCUGCCAUUGGAGGACGAGACGGAGGAGCCAGAUCGACCGGAGGUUCCUCCUGACUUCCCGCCGGAAUCUUUCUGGCUCUCGAAGGACGCGGAGUUCGACUGGUUCGAUCGGAACGCUUUCUUAGAGCGGAAAGAAUCCACUAAGGCCAGUUCUAAUUCCGCGAACUUGAAUCCUAAUGUGCAUCCGCAAUCCAAUUCGAACUCGCAGCGGUUUUCGCUGAAUUUGAAAUCGAAGGCUUCGAUUAUCGGAUUGCCGAAGCCUCAGAAUACUGCCUAUGUCGACGCGAAGAAUCGGCGUAACUGCAAGUCCGGAAACAUUCGGUUGUUCCCGAAGCGGUCAGGAUCCGGUGGAAAGUCCGUUUCGGCGAUGAUCGAGCCGUCGUCUCCCAAGGUAUCGUGUAUGGGGAAAGUAAGAUCGAAGAAGGACCGAAAUCGGCGGAAGAAUCACCACCUCCACUCUUCAGAAUUGGCCACCGCAAAGGAGAAAACAGUCGAGAAACAAAAGAAAGGACUCUUCGCGAGUUUCCGCGCUAUUUUCCGGAGCGGUGGAAGAAGGCAACCGGUCGUCGAACCAACCGCGUCACUCAUUGACUCGCCUCCCGAACAGGACAUCAUAGCGCGUCACGCGACUCCUUCCGCCGCUAAUCCGCCGCCGACGGAGCCGCUUCCAAGCAAGAUCAGCGACGAAAUCGAACCGCCGGCCUUGGGCGGUUUGCCGCGGUUCGCGUCGGGAAGGAGGUCUAGUUCGUGGAGCGUAAGCGAGGCCGGUGUAGUCGUGGCGUAGGCGUGAGAUUUGACUCUUCCGCCAUGCAAGGGGCCCGCCGCAGGAUGAAGAUUUCAGCCGUGAUUUGGAUGUUUACUCGUAGCACCGACUCCGCUCUCAAAUUGUCGUUUGGAAUUUCGAUGAACUGGCGGUUUGAAGUUUUAACAACACGAGAGAGAAUUUUUCUUCUUCAAUGUGGUUGAAAGGUAAAACAUCGAUUAUUCCAUCCGUAAUCCUUUUUCUUUUUGUUAUUUUUUUUUGUUUGUUUUGGUUUUACUGCAAUCUUUUGGCUUCGAUUUUGUAGAUAGAGUUUUUGGAAUGAGUAGUUUGUGUAUAUUCGCCCAUGAUCAUGAUGCGAUACUUUUUUCUUUAAUAAUCAGAUAUUUUGGUUUACCUUCUCAA